AACCAUUGCGUUUUUUGUACCUUUAAAUGCAUGAAACAUUUUCGCUGAUGUUUGACAACGACAUAAAGAAUAUAAUUGUGACGUCAUUCUUUUCAUUUUUAGACAAACAUUUGCAGAAUUUUUCUAAACAGUGAUUUUAGUUAAAAAAUGCGAAGUCUGUCGAUUUACCAUUAUAAUUUAUUAUUAUUCUUUACAAAAUUAAGUGUGUCCUGAUUAUUUUCUCGAAUAGGGUUUCUUUUCGUAUGAAAACGUAUAAACUCCUUUUUUAUUGUACAGGGUCAAGAAACUAAAAGUAAAUCUAAAACAAUAUUUAUUCAAUUUUGCUGAAUUUCAGUGUGAUCGCGUGAAGGUGAAGCCGCAGCGACUCUUAAGUUGUUGUUUUGACGAGUUACAGCGACUUUUCGUCUAUUUUCCAAACUUCUUUUACGACGUUGCUUCACCACAUCAACCACUCCUGCAAAGUUAUUCUAGCCACGAUGAGUGAGGAAGGUGCAAAAAGUACAUCAGCAGCGACAGCGGAAGCAGUUCCAGCCAAAAAGCUCCUCAAUGUGCUUCAGGAGAAGCUUUCACGAAAGGAAUUUUUCUACUCCAUCGAAGUAACUCCGUCUGAUGCGACGCUGGAUUUAACCACUUUCGACCACCCACCACUCUUUGUUGCCAUCACGUGGAUUCGUGACAACAAUCUCGUGGCAUUCCGUCGCUCCCCAAAUGCCUGCCCUGCACUCCAAAUGCUCCAGGAAGUCCGUGAGGAGUUUCCCGUUCUAUCGCAUCUUACGUGCUUUAAUGUAACAUCCGAAGAUUUGGAAGGAAUCCUGCGCAUUGGAGAGCCAGAGAGUAUUUUUGCUCUUCGAGGAGAAAUUUAUGCCACCCCCUUCGUAGACUGUUCUGGCACGUCAGCGGAAUUCAAGAGUGCCGCAAAUUUGGUCGCGUGGCUACGACGGAAACUUCCUGAUGCGACAAUAGUCGUUGCCGGAUAUCCUGCCACUCAUUUCCUCGCUACAUCGCCGGACGAUGAUUUGCGGAAUUUGCGGGAGAAAGUUGACGCUGGUGCGGAUUUUAUCAUCACACAGAUUACAUUUUCUGCAGCACAACUCAUUGAUUUCGUCCAGAGGUGUCGUGGGAUUGGUAUUACAGCACAGAUACUUCCUGGAGUCUUUAUUCCGUCAUCCUUCAAAUCUCUGCAGUUUGUCACACAGUUGGGACACAUUGUCCUGCCGGAGGAGCUCUGGGCGACAUUCAAAGGACUCAAGGACAACGACGAAGCUUUCAAGGAAAAGGCACUGGAAGUGGGUGAAAAGUGGAUGCGGGAAAUCUUGGCAGAGUGCCCGGAUGAAUUUGCAGGAUUUCACAUUUUUACGUGGAAUAAUCUCGAGAUGGUAACGAGGCUAAUUCAACGCUUCUCAACCUCAUCACCUCAAACAUGAGGACUCUUUCAUUUUUUUUGGCAAUCACCGACAUUGUCAUAAAAACCUUAAGAAGCAUUAUUCCAUAAAAAAAUAUAUUGCGAGAGAUUCUUGUAGAAAAUUGGCCAUCAUUUGCAUCUUCUGGCUUCUCCGCAGAUUGCGAGGAAAGUGAAAAAUCUACUCGUGAGAGAAAGGAUCGGGCAAAUGUGGCGGAAAAUUGCAAAGAAUGAAUUGUAAGACAUUCUCAAUAAAAAUCGACAUUAAUCAAAA